AUGGCAGCAACCUUGGUUAUGGUGGUUACCCUCGCCAUUGUUCUAGGCCUCAUUCUUGUUCUUCUUGCUGAACUCUACUGUUCCCUCUUACUCCACCGCCGCCACCUCAGAAAAAAAACCACCAUCCCCAUCUCCGCCGCUCCGGCCGCCACAACAAUAUCAAAGCCUCCACCUUUACUCACACCACAUUCUCCUCCUUCGCCUCCUCCUCCUCCUCCUCCUCCACCACCCUUCACCACCGUUUACUCACAAGGGGUUCUCCAAGCCCCAAGAAGCUUCCUUUUCCCAUGCAAAGAUGAACCAAACCCAACCCCACGUGGCAUUGGCCUUGUUUCUGUUUCGUCAUCAUCUCCAUUGGCAUCAUUCUUGGCAAGAGCUCCUCCACCACCUCAGUCUCUUCAACCUUGUGGCGGUGGAAUGGAGCACCUCGUGUACAUUUCAAACCCCAUUUACGAGAACGAGUCAGAGGUCAAAGCAAGUAGAGUGAACACCCCGUUUGAGACACCGAACACUUCACCCUCUCGUGGCUCUUCUGGGGAAGAUCAUGAUGAUGAUGAUGAUCGUAAUGGUGGUGCUGAUUGUUCUCAUUCACCACCUUCACUUACACCUCCUCUCACCCCUAUGAAGAAACUCCCUGCAGAAGGCUCUUCUGUUUCUCUCAGAGAUGCUACCUCCUUGGGUACUUCAGGUAGUGACACUCAAAGCAUCAAUGGCCCUUCUUCUUCUUCCUCGGAUACCCCUUCUACUUCUCCUUCCUGGUGA